AAUAUUUAAUUUUUCCUUCUUGACGCCACAAAUCAUGGCAAGCGCUGAAAUCUGGAUUUCGUGGGAGGAGGAUAAGGGUAUCCUGCUGUCGGAGACGGAAGAGAACGGCAUCGUUACCAGAACGUAUAUAGCACCCUUGACGGAACCGAAGAAGGUGGAAAAUUCUGAUACCUUAGCUUUACCCAAGAAUUACCCAAUGCCGUUUUUUUGCCCUCAUUGUGGCAAUGGCAUCGGUUCGUCCGGAGCCUUCAGCAUGCAUCUUCGGGCCUGUCAACGACGCCUGGGCGGUGUGGACCACAAGAAGUUUCUUCCAGCUAAGUUAAUCCCGCAACCAGCUACUCGCCAGCAUUUGAAGUUGGAGAAAUCAGUUCCGGACUUUAAGCACUGGAGCAAGUCAUUUCCUGUCCCAUUCCAAUGCAUCUUCUGCCGCAAGGAGUUCAAGGUACAGUUCGAGCACGGACAAGAACGGCGUCGGUAUGCCUGCGACGAUUGCGGCCAGAGGGCCAGGGCCGAGGAGGCGGAACGCCAGAAAAAUCCCAAGGUCAAGAAAAAGACGCUGACCUGCGAUCGCUGUGGGAAGCAGUACAAGCUGGAGGGCUUUCUCAUGCGCCACCAGGUGGUCUGCCAGGGCUUCUGCCUGAAAAGGAAGCGCGAGUACUCCUACACGAUCCACGAAGUCCCAAAGAAGAAGUGCGGGGAAAAGAGCGAAGUCACCGAGGUUCAGCUGAAGGACGAAAUCCAAAACGUCCUCGCGGUUAAGGAAGAGGACGAAAUCCAAAAGGUCGCCGAGGUUAAGGCAGAGGACGAAGCCCAAAAGGUCCUUGAAGUUAAGCAAGAGGACGAAAUUCCCAAGGCCACCGAGGUUAAGACGGAGGACGAAAUCUACAAAUGCACUGAGGCUUAUCUAGAGGGCGAAAAACGCGAAGUCACCAAGAUAAAGUCCGAGAACGAGUGCCGCGAAGACAGCUAGCCGUUAGUUGAUUAUAAAAUUCACUUUGUUAGGAACAUUUAUUUAUGUUCAAUUCCUAUAAAAUUAUUAUA